GACCGCGGGGAGGAAGCAACCAGAGAGGGAGAGCGGGCAGAACAGUGGGGAUCGAGGGAGCGUGUUCGACUGCGAUGAGAGUUCGACUGUAGCGGCCGCGGCGAGGUUGCAGAACCACCAGUCCCGGGCCAUGUGUGCGGGUGCAAACCUCUGAGCGCCGGCGCGGCUCGGCUCGGCUCGGCUCGGGAACUGCUGCAGGGUGUUGUACCUAUUGAUAAUUCGUGCAAAAAGAAAAGUCCCCCCCCCAUUGCAAACAAGAAUAUUUGAGCGGGUAGAUCAUGCCUUUGGAGGAUUCUGUUUAAUGACCUGCUGGGUCAGACCCAAUCAGGACUUGCUUUGCUGCUAUGCAACUCAAACCAAGCUGUGCAAACUGCUUUGAUAUUGCAAUAGGCUCUAUUUAAAGUAUUAUUUUUUUAACAUAAAAAUACCAUCACUGUGCAAAGCAUUGCCCGCUUUUGGAUCUGAGCCAAGAGAGUGUGUGUUUUUUUUUCAUUUUCAUUCUGUUUCCUUUCACUCGCCGUAUUAGACGAGCGUGAUCAUCAUUCAGGGAACGAACAGAGACCAGGAACAGGCCUACUGUGUGUGUUAUAUGUGGGCUAUAUAUCUGUACCAGCUUUGCUUUAUUUUGAUCAAGGAGGAGCAGAGAUUACCAUUGCACGUUGAGCGUUGCAUACCCGAAAAUAACUAUGAGUGACACAGGUGCAAAAUCCAGCCAGCCUUUAGCAGUAAAACAAGAGAAGGAUGUAACGCCAAAGAGGGGACGCGGUAGACCAAGGAAGCAACCCCAAGAGCCAACAGGCGAACCUAUUCCAAAGCGACCUCGAGGUAGACCAAGAGGAAGUAAAAAUAAGGUUUCUUCUAAGUCUAGCAGAAAAUCGGGUGGUGCUGCAGGAGGAACGAAGCCCAGAGGUAGACCUAAAAAACUGAAAGCAGAAACCACAGGAGCAAAGAGGCCUAGAGGGAGACCAAGAAAAAGGGAAAAGGUAGAACAGGAAGAAGAAGUGAAAGCUUCUCAAGAAUCUUCAGAAGAACAGUAAAUCUGCAAGGUUCUCACUACCUCAUCCACCAGAAGGCUCCUGUCAAUACCUGGACUACAAAUCCUAUCACACUGAUUUCAUUCUAGUCUUUAACAGGGAACUUCCAACUGCACUGGGACACAACAGUACUUUUUUGUAAAAUGCAGGUCAAGGUAUUUCAAAGAGAUCAACAUUUAACCAAGGGCAGAGUCUAAACAAUUGGGCUCGUAUUUCAUAUUUUGUCAUUCUGGUAAAACUGCUGAGCAUUGGCCGUCAAGUUAAACCGAUGAAUAGGAACAAUCCUAUUGAGCAUUUUAGUGGUAAGAAAUAUUAAACAGGCCGGGGUCUGUUCUGUUGUGGCCGAUUCACGUAUAUCGCAUGUUGGAGGUGGCGGACCUAUGGUGAUCAUGAAGAUGACUACAGUGGAUGUUACAGUGGACCGCCAGAGCAGCUCUACAAAUCUACAUCUGUCAACCCAAGAUUGCAUUGCAAUUCCAUAGUGGAUGGUACACUGACCAUGGAAAUAGCUAACACAUUAUAGCUGCCUACCUAUCCAUUUACAAAAUUCCUCACGAGUCAUUUUACUUUUGUUUUUGGCAUGGCUUACGAUUGUGUAGACCAACCUAUGUUAGCCUGUGAAGUAGAUUACGGUCUACUUUUUAGACAUCCUUCCAAAUGGAAGAGAACUAGACAUUCCUUUAGGCUCUAUAUAAUAGUUAACUGUUUGCCUGGAGCUAAUCAUUUUAAUUCUAUAUUAUUAAUUUUGCAUUAUGUAAAAUAUACUUCAUGUGAAAUGUAAAUGCAUUUUAAGUAGUAGGUGACGUGUAAAGAGUGAUGUUAUAUUAUUACCCUGUUACUCUUUCCAUAUUCUCGACGCAUACAUAGUUCUCCAUAGAAAAUGGUGCAGCCAAAGCAAUUCUAUUCAAAGAAAGGCAUUUGGCUGUUUGAUCUCUGAACACCAAACUCCAGACUACAGUUUGGUUUGUUAGUAAAUCUGAAAAAUGGGAAGCUAUUGACAGUGAAAGAGCAUUUUGUAACUAGGCAUAGAAUAUUUAUCUCCCUUUUGUCGAGAUCUUGAAUCCAGAACCAAUUGGUAGAUCAAAUGAGGUAAAAUGUCAGGAAGUGAAUUGAUUCAUUUAAAUGCUGCAAUAAUAAGGGCAGUACAGUGGAGCAGUAGUAGAGUUGCUGCCUUAGAGCGCCAGAGACCCAGGGUCGAUUCUGACUACGGGUGCUGUCUGUAUGGAGUUUGUACGUUCUCCCCAUGACCGCAUGGGUUUUCCCCAGGUGCUUCAGUUUCCUCCCACACUCCAAAGAAAUACAGGUUUAUAGGUUAAUUGGCUUUGGUAAAAAUUGUAAAUUGUCCCGAGUGUGUAGGAUAGAGCUUGUGUAACAGGGGGUCACAUUGGUCAGCGGGAACUCGGUGGGCCGAAGGGUUUGUUUCCACGCUGUAUCUCUAAACUAAACUAAACUAAAACAGUGUAAACCCACAAAAUAGAAAUAUCUGAUUUAGAAAACAAUCCAUUGAGCAAGAACUCUCCUUCUGAACUAUUACCUUAAAAUUCUACAAUGAAAGUAUUGUUAUUUUUAUACUGAAAUUAUAGAGAAAAGCAUUUUGUCUCUCCUUAGAACAAUAUAUAUGUUGCUAUCUCGUAAUUUAACUGACUUAAGGAGACUAUUGAUGAGUAUAAGUUUAGAUACACAAAGUUCAAGUGGCAACCAUUGGCCCGGUUAAAUGAAAGACCACCAUUACUGAUUGUAUUUUAACCCAUUCAGUUGGUUAUGGUGAUAUAUGCUGACAGUGCAGAUUAAUUAUUUUUUAUUAUUAUUCAAAUGUGAAAGUAUCCCUUUUGCUGGACUACGCAGGCUUGUAGUUAACAAAUUACACAUAUAUACACACAAAUAGAACUAUUUAAAAUUUAUUGCAUACUCAAGGGGAGAGACUGAGUAAGAUGCCAACACUUAAGCCAUGUUGAAACAGAAAUGGAUUAAGACUUAAGGGGAUGCCAGUGUAUUAAAAGUAUCAAACUAAACGUUGUUACUUUUCUUGUAUAAUAUGUUGCUAGUUUAUGACAUGCUGCAGUUUGAAACUGAGCUCUGUAAAGACUGAUGGUGGAGUGACAUCAAUAACAACAUUUAGAAUAUAAUACUUGAGGUAUUAAUUUCAAAUAUAAUGCUUCAUAUGGUAUUUAAAACUUAGAUUGUAAUACCUCUCACCAACUGAAAAACCUUUUAAUUAUUCUUGCUUUACUAUAACCGAUACCAAAUGCUAGAGUUAAGCUAUGUUUACUUUUUUGAAUUGCAGAAGAAUUUCACUAUUUAAUCAAUUUAUUCAGAUGAUGCAUGUGCAUUUCCUACAUUUAAAUGUACAAAAGACUAUGUUAAUUUAGUAUUUGUCAUUUUAUUUCCUGGAUGUCACGGAGAAGUGUCUUGACCAGAAAUGUCACCUAUUUCUUUUCGCAGAGAUGCUGCAUAUCCCGCUGAGUUACUGCAGCACCUUGUGUUAACUUCCUGUAAAACUCUGAUCAUAGUUCACAUGGUUUGAAAUACUUUGGUGGAUGGGAGAAAUUGUAGAUUUACAAAGGAGGGCUUUUGCAUUUGCACUGCAUUGCAAACAUUGGUGGCGAUUCUGCCGCAGAGUGAGCUCAGUUGAGAGAACGAGCAACUCUCGACAAAUGGUCGUGUCCCGCGAGAUCCUGAAGCAUAAAAAUGUUGAAGGCUCUUUGCAAAACUAAGCUGAUACUCAACAGACCAUUAAACUGAGGCAUUAACAUAAAUCCCAUGCUACUAUUUUGAAGUAGAAUAGAGGUUUGUUCCCUCAGUUGCUAUCAAAACAGUCAAAGCUAUUCCUCCUCUAGCCUCGGUGAGGCGUUCAAGCUGCCAUUGUGGGAUCUGACUCGGUACAACUGACAGCUGUGUUCCCUGUGUUAUCAAACUUAACAGCCUGUCAACUUCAUUUACACUGUUGGAUCAUACUGAAAGGCAUUAUUGAGACGUAAUUUUCAAUUUAGAAUAGUGAGCAAGUUUAUUAUGCAGAUAAUUUCAGUAAUUUUGCAGUUCCAUUCACGGGCGUUUUGAUAUCCCACGAUUUAACGUUAAUUUGCAUCUAAAUAUUGUAGAUGUUACUGAAAUUUAGAUUCAACUUGCAGGCCAAUAUAGACAAGAAGUAUAGCCCCCGAUGCCAUCUGGUAUCAGAAUCAUAAAUCUACAAAAUCCUCUGUGACAAAGGUUGCUCAAGUUGAAUUUUAUGUUGUUUUAACAGUGAACAAAUACCAAGAUCUUCUGGGCAUUGAACAAAAAUGGCCGCCAAGUUACAGUAACCCUCUUAUAAAUUGCUACGCUUUUCUUGAUAUUUAGCAGAAAACUGACUCAAUGCAAAUUAUAAUUAGGGAAAGGAAAAUUAUAUUUAAAGUUAAUAAGAACCCAGCCAAAGGACAAGCAAAUUUCUUCUUAAGUGACAAUAGAUAUAAGGAGGCAACUCCCAUUGAUGCAAACUUGUUAGUCCAUGUGACUGAAUAUUUCUGUUGAAUUGUCGAUGAAGUGCAACUUUCUUCACUACCUGAGAAUGAAAUCUGUGAUUUUUCAGCAGGAAUCCAUUCAUUAUUCUGUUUUCACAUUAUUUUGCAGUAUUAGUACUGUGCUGAACAGAUACAACUUAUUGGGUUUCCAUAUCCACAACUACCUCUUUUUAGUUUCACGUUCUCCCAGCUGCUGCUGUACACAAAAUACAAUUCAUUUGUCGCAUCUUCACAAUCGCAGAGAUUAUCUUUGGUUCAAUAUUGUUUCGUCUGCAAGUUUCCACGUUAAAGAGAAACAAAAGAUUUGAAUUUCGUGUUUACCACAUUGCAUUAAAAAAAACAGUAAGUUGGUAAAAGGGUGAGAAAAUUUACAAAGUGAAUGCAUGUAUGUAAAACAAAAAGCUGAAGAUAUGCAUUUGCAAUCUACUUGAAGAUCAUUGGAACCACGGUACAUAUUGGCACAAAAUGUGCUGAGAGAUUUAAUAUUUUAAUUUCAUAAAUGUAGAUUCAAAUUAGUAGAUUAUAAAAUGGUGUCUGUUACUAAAAACCUGCUAUAAAUGCUGGCCAACUUUCCUAGUUUUUGUACCCACCUUCUACAGUUGGGAGAUUUUGGUGCCACUGUAGUUGGUAAUUUGAUGACUGCAUCAAUAGUACAUUUAGAAAAAUAUUUAUUUUUAAAAUACAAAUUAUAAACUUAACUAA